AUAUUCGUAAAAUUUUGAUACGUUAAUUGUGUUUGUCACGUUUCCCUGUAAAGUAUAAACACAGAUAAAGUGAUGCAACUGCAAGAUGUUCACCGCAUCAUCAUGAUCAUCAUGGCGUAACAUUGCAUUUGUCAUUUCUAGAUCUAGUUGCUGCUUCCACUCGUGUCAAAACAUAACAUAUAUGCAUAUGCUGAAUUAUGGAAAAGGCAAUUAUGUGCAUGUGGUAAUUGCAACCAACUGAGCUGGGUUUCAAUAUUGUCAUGGCUAGCCUCGCUGCUAAGCUAGAUAUCUAGCUAAGAAGUUGUCAUCCAUGAUGGAGGUAGUUGGAAUGGAUCAUGGCUACUCAAAACCAUGGAGUGCACAUCCAGAUGCCAGCCAUGCCAGACCUGUAAAGCUGAUAUACAUGCAAAGAGUGCCACGCAACCAGACAGCGGAAAAUGCAAAUGACCAUGAAAUUAUUGAUGUUGUUGAUGCACCUGCUAAGCCACACCCCCCAUACGACAUGGCCAAAGCACGAAGCCUAAUGCAUGAGUGUGAUCGACACGUGAAUUUUGCUCGGAUGGAAGAUGGACCUGAUGACUGGGAGGAACACAUAACGAGAUGUCAGUGUAAAAAAGGAGCCUGUUAUCGAUAUCUUAUUAAAGACUUCAUUAGAAGUGGAUGGACCUUGCAACAGAAUCGUUUAUUCAACAAGAUUAUUAAAGCACUACAAACAGACAGAUUAGCGAGAUUAGCAUACCACAAUUCUUCAAAUGAGCCAGUAAUGCGACGAAUUCACAUUGAUAAGACAGCUCGCAGGGUGAGGCAGGCCUUUGCUAGUGUAUCAUGGGACAUGAAAUUGACGCAGUGGGUACACGGUGUGUUGGUGGACAAUCUCAGUUUACCUGUCCUUGGAGCUUACCUGGAUGUUCUUCAGACGCUUAGGGCAAAGGUUCCUUCUUUGAUUGACAAAAUGAUUGCCAACACAAACGUAGGAGGGAAGUCCGUGACGGCAUCAUUGGAGGCUCUCAACCUUCUACUGAAGAGACCCUGGGACCCUGUUUUGAGUGUCUACUCUCAACAAAAACCAAAUAAGUUACCUGGAAACCCACUAAUUCUGAUUGCCCCAAAUGGUCCAACCUACACUGGACACAGUUACUCCAAACGGACUAGAUUCUGGAACAGCCAUCUGUCCAACCUGGGGAAGGUGAUUCCUGUCACGAUGCACACAGUCAAUGGUGGCAGUGGUGUCGGAAUUGCACAAUGUCUGGAACACAUGAUAGGGGCUGUCAGGACCAAAGUCUUGGAGUUGAAGGGUCAUUUUCAUCACAAACCCAUUGUAUUGUUAGGAUGGAACAUCGGGGCUCUUGUGGCAUGCCAUGUGUCCCUGGUAGAAGCUGUAUCAGCAGUGGUUUGUAUGGGUUUACCAAUCACAGGAAUUAAUGGACAGCGAGGGGAUAUUGAGGACACUUUACUGGACACUAAAACUCCGACAAUGUUUGUGAUUGGCCAGCACUCAUACACAGCCACUAUAGAUAAUAUGGAGGACUUACGAGAGAAAAUGAAGGCAGAGAAUGAGCUGCUGGUAGUGGGUGGGGCAGAUAGCAAUUUACGAGUGUUUCGAGCAAAGAAAAAACAGGAGGGGAUAACCCAAGUCAUGGCAGACAAACAAAUUCUGGACCAUGUGGCCGAUUUUUUGGGAGGGGUUCUGUCGCAGUCAGACCUGCUUAACUCAGACACAUCAGAAAUGUUAGACGAGGCAGACCUUAAGAAGAAAAAGCAAAGAAAGGAAAAGUCUCUUCCCUCAACACCAAAGCAGCUGAGUGUGGCUAAAGCUCUGAAAGCUGCAAGGCAGGCUGAAUUCAACCGGCUAUCUGUCGGGCAACAGACAAGUGAGCUUGCUAGUCAUCUACUGAAUGGGUCCAAUCUUCCCCCUGCUCCAGUAGCUACUCCAGCACCAAAGCCUAAGAGGAAGUAUGUGAAGAGUCCAGCAGGAGUACCUAAGAAGAGGCUGAAGACUUCAGCUGCAGGACCAGACAAAAGCCUCCCAGCACUGAAUCUGACCCUGGCCAGUAAAAUUGCUGGUCUACAGGCUCUGAACAAUGCUCCAGAACUGUCUGGACUCCUGCAAAGUUCUGUACCACAGACAGUGAAGGAGAUUGAGGGUAAACCUGAUGGUGGCACAUCAUCAGAAACUGGUCAGCAGAGUCCUAGUAAAGCCUCCAAAGUCACUCUUGAAAGCCUUGCCAAUUUGAUGGCUCAAAAGGAAGCAGCCCAGAGAAUUGCCAGUAGCUUGUCUAGUACACCUGCCACCAAUGUGUCCAACAAGGAUCCUGUACUAAGCACUAGCUCUGGGCUGUCCUCACCACAGCUUAGUCUGUCAAGUCUGAUAAGUAUGUCGAAUGUUUUUAGAGGAGGAAUAAAACCCUCUGUCCACAUCACAACAGCUGGUCCAGUGUCCAGUCAAAUACAGCAGUUACUGGCCGGCAUCACAAAAGCAGGUGUCACCUCCACCACAACCACAAAGCUGCCAUCCUCAAGCUCCAUCAACACACUAUCGUCUGCCACCACUGAUUCUCUAACAGCUGCAUCAAGGUCCCCUACAUCAAAAGCACUUGGCCCACCACUGAUAAGUUUUGACAUCUCAUCAGCUUCAACGAGUUUAAGCUCACAGCAAGUGAAAUAUGUUCUCCCACAUCAAAUAGAAAAAUCUGCCAACACCCCAGCUAAACCAGCACAAGAGAUGGUCACCCAGUCCCAGCAGACAGUGUCUCCAGACUCAACACUGGAGGACUUGGACAUGCCUCUUGUUCAUCAGUCUGUCGAGGACUCAGAUGAGACCGUGCAGGCUGUACAGAAAUCUCAGUAUCAUGAUUUUCCUCUGACCACAGGCUCAAUUCCUCAAAGUCUAGUGUCCACUAUAACUCAAGCUAAACUACUUGGCAGUUCUCUGCCCAACACGUCCGUUACUGUACCCAAAACCUUCACAAGUACCAGCACUGUAGGUAAAAUAGCACCAGGAAUCUCACUCCAGAAAGCAUCUCCCACUGGCGCCACUAUCCACAUAUCCGGUGCUGGCAAUGUAGGCACCGUUCACAUCUCCAGUGAAAAACAAAGUCAGCAGACAAUUGUCACUCCCACUAUCUAUAAAACAUCCAAGUCAACCUCUGUUGUUCCCAUAACGGAGACUCUCGGAAAAGUUUCCUCCCUUCUUGAAUCCAGCCCUGUCACCCAGAGAACGAGUUCUACGGUCGGAGUGUCUUCCGUGUCACCUCAGUCCGUCUUGGCCUAUCAUUUUAAGACCAUUGAGAGUGAACAUAGGGGUUCCACCACGCUUGUGACUGUGUCUCCCGCAUCGCCAUCCACACGCCCAUCUCCCAAAUCUACUACCCCAUCAGUGACUUCAUACACACCAACACCCAAACCUGUACUGCCCCCAAACUCUGCCACCAGGACGAGGAAAAUCAAAACUCCAAGACAGUAUGACCUUUGAGAAUGAAAAAGUAAAAUUAUUUAAACAAUGUAUCGGAUCAUCAUUACUGUUGUUUUUGUGCCACAUCUUUUCUGUUAUUAUCAUGGUUUGUAGUCAUAAUGAAACAAUUGUUUUACAAUGUUAAUAAAGGUUUUGUAUAAAAGUUAAA